AGAAUAAGUCAUGGCGACCGAAAUAGCUCGUACGAUUCGAUAUAAAUGAGAAGAAAUUUGCUCUAAGAACGCCGAUUAACCUCAGAGGAGAUAAGAGUGUUAAGAAGAUGCUGGGUCAUGUUUUCCGUGCCUACGGGCACUUUUGCUCCGCCCACCCCUGGGAGGUGAUUGUCGGUACCCUGACUUUUACUAUCUGUUUGCUGUCAAUGGACUACUUCACCAGUCUACCGAAGGUGUGCGGAUGGAAUUAUCACUGCACAGAGACACAGGAUAUGCUGUCAUCAGAUGUGCUGGUUGUAACGUUAGCCAAUGCAAUGGCUGUCUUCUAUAUUUACAUGCAAUUCCACAAGCUUAGGAUGGUCGGAUCAAAAUAUAUCCUUGGGAUUGCUGGACUCUUCACCAUCUUCUCCAGCUUUGUAUUCAGCAGUGCCGUCAUUCAUCUGUUUGGUGUAGAACUAACUGGACUCAAUGAAGCGCUACCAUUUUUCUUUCUUCUGAUUGACCUGACUAAAGCCAGUGCCUUGACGAAGUUUGCAUUGAGCAGUGAUUCACAGCGAGAGGUUCCAGAGAACAUAGCUCAGGGUAUGGCAGUACUUGGUCCUAAUAUCUCCCUGGAUGCCUUGGUUAUGAGUCUAGUCAUUGGUGUGGGGACACUAUCAGGAAUCCCCAAAUUGGAGGAGAUGUGCUGCUUUGGGUGUCUCUCUGUGAUCGCUAAUUUUGUCGUCUUUAUGACCUUCUUCCCAGCAUGCCUUUCACUUGUCCUUGAGCUUUCCAAUAACAACAACCCUGUCGGUCGUCCAGUCUGGCAGUUGGGUCAGUUCACUGAGGUGCUACAGGAAGAGGAAGACAAGAAACCUAACCCGGUGGUGCAGAGGGUAAAGGUCAUCAUGUCCGUGGGGUUGUUGUUGGUUCAUGUGCACAGCCAUCUGAUGAAGGCAGAGGAAUCCACUAAGACUGGGAUCAGUCAUCUCUCUACAAUGUCUCAAUUCUCAAGGAAGAUUGAACCUGAGAUGCCGCUCUGGCAGUUCAACCUGACAAGGUUCGGAAGCCUUGGAUUGGACCAGAUAGGAGUAUUGGUGCUGGCAGCAAUUCUUGCCAUCAAGUACAUCUUUAUUGACAGAGUAGAAAGUGAAAUGACUGAAGUAGAAACAACCGAGAAAGAAACCAAAGCAGCUAUUGUAACAAAAGAGCCAAAAACCAAAGAAGAAGAGCCAAGAGUUGAGGAAGUCCCCCCAAUGAAGAAGUGUGCCACCAUUAGUGUGCAGACAGACCCCGUACGAUUCGCUACCAAAGCCCUCUUCACUGUCGGUGAGAAAGACUCAGACUCGGAGAGCAUUGCAGACGACAAUGAGAGUCCUCGUGAGGAGGGGUCUCGCUGCAGCUCACCAGUUAUGCCCAGAGCACCAAGAUCGCUGCCGGAGUGUGUGACCAUACUGAAUUCAGGGGAAAUGACCGAUCUGACAGACGAAGAGGUAAGGAUCCUUGUUGCCAGUAAACACAUUCCAUCUUACAAGCUAGAGGACAUCCUCCAAGACCCGGAGAGGGGCGUGGCCAUCCGAAGACAAAUCUACAGUCCCAUGCUUCCUAAGGCGUGGGCCUUAAGCGAUCUACCGUACACAAACUACCAGUAUUCAUACGUCAUGGGAGCCUGUUGUGAGAACGUUAUCGGAUACAUGCCUUUGCCUGUGGGUGUGGCUGGACCCCUCCUGAUGAACGGAGAAGAGUACAUGGUUCCCAUGGGAACAACAGAAGGAUGUCUGGUGGCUAGUACCAACAGAGGAUGCAGAGCUAUAAUGGCUGCUGGUGGAGUGACUAGUACAGUAGUUGCUGAUGGUAUGACAAGAGGACCAGUAGCAAGAAUGCCGUCUGCCAAAGAAGCUAGUGAGGUCAAACUGUGGCUUGAGGAUAAAGACAACUUUGCCGCCGUGAAGGAGGCCUUUGAUUCUACGAGUCGCUUCGCUCGUCUGACAGGAAUCCAGAGUAGCCUGGCCGGCAGACACAUGUUUCUGAGAUUCCAGGCUAAGACUGGAGAUGCUAUGGGCAUGAACAUGCUGUCCAAGGGUACAGAGAAGGCUUUGCAGAAGAUUCACGACAACUUCCCCAACUUUGAGAUCUUGAGUCUGAGCGGAAACUUCUGCACAGACAAGAAGCCUGCGGCAGUGAACUGGAUCAGCGGACGGGGCAAGUCGGUUGUCAGUGAGUGCACAAUCCCUGCCCACGUCAUUGAAAAGGUUUUAAAGACAUCCGUCCCAGCCCUGGUUGAGUUGAAUAUCAGUAAGAAUCUUGUUGGUUCUGCUAUGGCUGGUAGCAUAGGGGGCUUCAACGCUCACGCAUCUAACAUUGUCACUGCAAUCUACAUAGCCACUGGACAGGAUGUGGCGCAAAAUAUUUCCAGUUCCAACUGCAUGACGUUGAUGGAACCUUCAGGCCCCCUGGGUGAGGAUCUUUACAUCAGUGUGACUAUGCCCUCGAUCGAGGUUGGUACCGUUGGAGGCGGGACGAUACUACCACCACAAGCUGCCUGCUUAGAGAUGCUCGGUGUCCGUGGUGCGUGUCCAGAGGAACCAGGCCGCAAUGCUCGUACGUUAGCUCGUAUCAUCAGCUCAUCCGUCCUGGCUGGUGAGCUCUCUCUCAUGUCGGCUCUUGCUGCUGGACAUUUGGUGAAAAGCCAUCUUAAGCACAACAGGUCGUCUCAGUGUGUGACAAACAGCCUCCCAACAAUCCACGAACACAAGCGCAGUAAAUCUCUUGACAUGUCGUCCAAAAUGAGCUCCAAGACCCAACGUUUGUUUGAACGACAGGGAACAUGCACCAGCAACGCAUCAUGACAUCGUAAUCCUAAAGAUCAUCAGAUCUGAUAGCUUUCAUGUGUGCAUCCGAGCAACAAAUCUGUCUUUUUGUUGGUCGUAUAGGAUCAGAUUUCCUGAAGUGGAUUUGUUUGUUUUACAAUUUGUGAUUGCUAACCAUAACCAGCUUUAUGAAAUGAGACAUUGGUUAUCAGCCGAAAUGGCAUGUGAUUCGAACAUCUGUAACUGGUUCCCGGUAAGUUUCGAGCUUAGCUUGGAACUUUGUGUAAUAGGCUGUGCAAGUCUUGUGUGUAUUGAUAACAAGUCAAGGAAAGCUCGUUUGUCAAAUCUUCUUUUUAAAUUCUAUUUAUACAACAUUCUUAGAAAAAUAACGAUGCUCGAAGCAUUUUUUA